AAAGAGUUUGAAAAGUUUUGGAUUUAGUCCUACAUAUUAUGUUACAUAUUAAUCCAAAUUUCGAAGAAACUAUAAAUCUGAAAUAUAUUGGUAGCUACUAUACAAUUCACAUUACUCCCAAAAUAUCAUACUCCAUUUGCCAUAAUAAUUGGUCGGGUCAAAUAUGAAGCGAAUAAAUAAUCUGACAAUUAUUUUUUAAUAAUAAUAAAGUGGAAAGUAUUCUAGCAAAGCUGAUAAAAAAAUGCGUAGUGAGAAAAAAGGGUGUGAAUCUCUGCUGCACUCUCACCACCUUCGAAACCCAAACCCUCAUCGCUUUUCUCCUCCUUCUUCCCUUCCCUUUUCCUCUGCAUUGCCGCAAUUUCUCCUCCAAAUCACGCAUUCAAUCCACAAACGAAUCCAUCCAGCUCGAUCCAUCUCAAAAUUCUGCAAUUGCUUCGUUUAACAUUCGUUUGAUCAAUUCAAUUUCCGCCCUAGGCAUUGGCGUUUGCCUAGAUCGCAUUGCCGCAAUUGCUUCUCCCAAUCAACCAUUCAAUCAAAUCCAUCCAGCUCGAUCCGUGUCGAAAAUCUGCAAUUUCUCAAUUCGAUUUCACGCAGAUCGUUUCCGAAUUCCGAUGUGGCUGAGGCGAAACAAGGCGAGAAACCGUGUCCACGACGCGCCGACGCUGAAAUUCGCCUGCUCGUCGUUCAAGGACGUCCACAGCCUCCUCUACGACGACGCCGAUUCCCCGCGCUCGCCGUCCUCUCCGUCGAUCUACCACCGCAACCGCAGCGCGAAGGAGCUCCUCCGCUCCCUGUCCAUCCCCGCCGCCCGCGAGAUCCGGAUCCGCGGCGCGGCGGCGGAGAAUUCCGUGGUGGUGUACUUCACGAGCCUCCGCGUGAUCCGCCGCACGUUCGACGACUGCAGCGCCGUCCGAUCGAUCCUCCGCUCGUUCCGCGUGCCGAUCGACGAGCGCGAUCUGGCGAUGGACUCGCGCUUCAUGGAGGAGCUGCAGCGGAUCCUCGGCGAGCCGGAGAAGUCGCUCCUGACGCUGCCGAGGGUGUUCACCGGCGGGAGGUACCUCGGCGGCGCGGAGGAGGUGCGGCGCCUCCACGAGAGCGGCGAGCUGAAGAAGCACCUCGAGGGGCUGCCGCCGGCGGAACCGGGCACGUGCGGGGUGUGCGGCGGUUACGGAUUCGUGCUGUGCAAGGAGUGCGAUGGGAGCCACAAAUGCUAUUACUAUAGGGGGAAGAAAGGCGGAUUCAGGAGUUGUACCUCGUGCAAUGAGAAUGGUCUCGUCAGGUGCCCUUCUUGCUCUUGCUCCCCUGCGCCGACUACAUGACCUGUUUCUUCUUUUUAUUAUUAUCUAAUAAAACACCAGAUUAAUUAGUGUUUUAAUUACUGCUUUUUUUUUUUAUUAUGUGACUCAGAGUGUUACGUUGGGAUUAAAUUUGAUCCACCUGUUUCUUCGA